CAAUGACAUUUUUUUCUCUAUGUGAGAGUCUCUCAAGUUGGAAACUCGUGGAUGAGGCAUUCCAAUAGUGUGCAAUACAAUACUUUACUCACAGAAUUUAAAAGAUGCUAUUUAAAACAAUACAGAUUACCUAUAUUACCUAACACCUUAACAGAUUAUUAUAAGAGACUGUAACCUAUACAAACCUACACUCAUGGCAGCCCUGCUGCACCAUGGAUGUUGGUAAAUAAUUAGUCACAACUAAUUAUCAGGAAACUGAUAAUAAAAUGUAAUGUAAUGUUGCCCUGUAGGUUGAAUUAUAAAUUAUUAUAUUAUUUAACAGUCAGCCCAAUAUCAUUUUCACUGUUAUAAACAAAGUUUAAACAAAUCAUAUAAAAUGAUCUAAACUAUAAUGUAUUACACAUAUAAUACAUACAUGCUACCGUAGAUAUGGGAUUACACAGUACAGCCAGACCAGUAGGUGGGGCUACAGUAAAGUAAUAUUUUGUCCGAUGGUUUAAACGACGAAAUGCACACGUGGUAUGCUCAGUUUACAUACUGUAUAUGUCUGCGGAUUCUCCGCCUUAUCGUUUGGUCCAGAAACUUCUUAUUAAAAAAAGAAAAAUGCCCCACUCCAGACUACGCUGUCUUCAUGAUAAGAACGGAACAAACAGUCAUGAUGUCCCAUCUAACUUCCAGUUAUUAUUCUUCGCCAUGUGUCGUAUGUCAUCGUUUCCAUGGGAUGCCCUAGAAAGAGCGCUCCAGAACUCACCGUCGGAAGUCAUUUUGGACAUUUUGAGAAAGACUUGCCUACAUCCUAUCUGUCGACAAAAUCCCCCAUCGGUGAAAUACAGAAAACUCUUCCUCUCAGAAUUAAUAAAAAGGCAUGAGCUGUAUGCUUCAGAGCCUUUGGAUGAGCUGUAUGACGCCCUGGGUGAUGUUAUUGGUGCCAAGGAAGAGACCGUGUGCUAUAAAUCCUAUCUACUGCCCUCAGGGGAGCCAGUGGGUCUAGAAGAGAACGUGGCAGUCAUCUCAGAGGGAACCACGGGACUGGUCACCUGGGAAGCCGCUCUCCAUCUGGCUGAGUGGGCCCUCGAACACCCGGACAUCUUCACUGGCAGGACUGUGCUAGAGUUGGGCAGUGGGGUGGGGCUCACUGGCAUAGUGGUGUGUCGGGUAUGUAAGCCCACCAAAUACGUCUUCAGUGACUGCCAUCAAAGCGUUCUGGAAAGGCUGAGGAACAACAUUACACGCAACGGCCUGACUGAACAGGGCAGCCCAGGUGUAUCAGUGCUUACGGAGGAAGUGGACUGGCAGAAUGUGAAAAAGGACCAGUUGCGAAGAAUCGGGGCAGAUACCAUCAUAGCAGCAGAUGUGGUCUAUGAUCCUGAUAUAAUUGGCUGUCUAGUGAGACUGUUGGCAGAGCUUCUUAAGUGCAAGGGUCAGCAAAGACAUCCUGAAGUAUACAUUGCCUCUACCAUACGCAACCCAGAGACAUACAACUGCUUUAAGAAUGAAUUGGAAAAGGCUGGAUUGAAACACAUCGUCAUUACACAUCCUGUCACACAAGUCUUCCCAUACAACAGAAUCGUCUCCAUAGAAAUGAUCAAGGUACACUGUUGACAAAGCUGUCAAAAUCCUAUUGUAAUAAAGUAUUUAUUUACAUUA